AUGAGGGAAAGGACGGGGCAGUGAGACAAAGGUUAGGGAGGAAAGCGAAGGCAGAGGCCCAGAACGGCUCCAGGAAAUGUUUGUGUUUCUCUACCAGGAGGGAGGACAAACAAGAUUUUUUUUUCGUGCCUUCUGGGUAGCUUUGCUCAUUCUCCUGCUCAGAGAGAAUCUUAGGAGAAAGAGAGAGGCUGAACAUAAAAAUUAUUCUGGGGCAGGACCCAGCAACUCCUCUCCAGCAUGAAUCCCAACAGACCUGCCAGCUGCUCCCCAGAAGUGACCGCUCGGGUGAAAUUGCAAAGCCUUGUGGCAAUACCUGCUUCGGCUCUCGGGGAGAUGGGCAGCUUGUGACGCAGACUUCAGAGGAAGGACCACCCCGAGACUCUCAUUUCCCAGCUGAAGUUUCUGUUCUUCCUGCGGUGCCUGCAUCCCAGGGCAGCUGGGUGAGGGGUAGCUUUCAGAUAAGCAUCUGUGGUGUUGUGGGAGCACACGGAGCACUGGUCCUCUGCCCACCAUGGACAACGGGUCAUGCUGCCUCAUCCAGGGGGACCCUAUCUCCCAGGCAAUGCCGCCGCUGCUGAUCCUGGCCUUCGUGCUCGGUGCCCUGGGCAACGGUAUCGCCCUGUGUGGAUUUUGCUUUCACAUGAAGACCUGGAAGCCCAGCACUAUUUACCUUUUCAACUUGGCUGUGGCUGACUUUCUUCUCAUGAUCUGCCUGCCCUUUCGGACGGACUAUUACCGCAGACACAGGCAAUGGGCCUUUGGGGAUAUUCCCUGUCGAGCGGUGCUCUUCAUGCUGGCCAUGAAUAGGGCCGGGAGCAUUGUCUUCCUUACGGUGGUGGCUGUGGACAGGUAUUUUAAAGUGGUCCACCCCCACCAUAUGGUGAAUGCCAUCUCCAACCGGACCGCAAUUGGCAUCGUCUGCGGCCUUUGGACCAUGGUCAUCGUGGGGACUCUGUAUCUUUUGAUGGAGAACCAUCUGUGUGUGCAAGAGAAGACCAUAGCUUGUGAGAGCUUCAUCAUGGAGUCAGCCAAUGGCUGGCAUGACGUCAUGUUCCAGCUGGAGUUCUUCCUGCCCCUUGGCAUCAUCUUGUUCUGCUCCUUCAAGGUCAUUUGGAGCCUGGAGCAGAGGCAGCACCUGGCCAGGCAGGCUCGGAUGAAGAGGGCUACACGGUUCAUCGUGGUGGUGGCAGUUGUGUUCAUCACGGGCUACCUGCCUAGCGUGUCAGCCAGACUGUAUUUCCUCUGGACGGUGCCCUCCAGCGUCUGUGACCCCUCUGUCCAUGUAGCCCUCCAUGUCACACUCAGCUUCACCUACAUGAACAGCAUGCUGGAUCCCCUGGUAUAUUAUUUUUCAAGUCCCUCGUUCCCCAAAUUCUACUCCAAGCUCAAAAUCUGCAGCUUGAGACCUAAGCAUCCAGGACGCUCCAAGAGGCCAGAAGAGAUGCCAAUUUCAAACCUUUGUCACAAGAGUUGCAUCAGUGUGGCAAAUAGCUUCCAAAGUCAAUCAGAUGUGCAGUGGGAUCCCCAGAUGUGAUGGAUGGCAUCAGAAUUGAUGGACAGACAAAAUCAAGGAGGAUCAAAUUGGUCGUUUAGAAAAAAUUCAUGAGCUUUGGAAAUGCCAUUCUUUCUUGCUGUAUCCUCAGUCUGUUGGAAGUGAAAUUCAGAUCCCUGUGCAUUUUUGGAAGGUUCCAGUGGAGAAGUGAGUCGGUUGCAUGUAUAUGGUUUGAUUCCAAUGACAAAUGUGUGUAUGGGGUGGGGUAGGUGGAGGGAUUUGGAAGAGCGCGGCUCCUGUGUAAUUUAAAAUGGUUCAGUCAAUAGGUACUAAGGUUUAAACCCUUCAGGUUUGCUCUCUGGGGGAGUUAGUGAAUUUAAUGACCUGUCUUCUGACCUUCAUUCCUUACUUGUCUUGGAAAAUAGAAACUGGGGUAAGUCAAUAUUUUUAUUUCAGGCAGUAUGAGGCUCUUUAGACUGGGAUGUCUUGAUCCUGAUGGUUUUCAUCUUCCCCGGGGCCCCUCUGCACAUUUCUGACUUCUCAGGAGCCCCAGAAGAAUGACAGAAAAACAAUCUGCUCUGACCUUUUCGGAGCUCCACGUUUUCCUGCAAGUCUUUGCCUUUCAAAGAAGGUGCUGAGGGAUGUGUUUACCUGCCCUGAUUUUUCCAGUGGGAGCUGAGUGCUUGAAAAAAAAUCCUGUUAGCCUUUAGGAAGUGCCGAGUCUGGCAUAAUUGCUUUGGCUGCUUGUUAUAUGACUCUGAAUUUAAAUUAUUCCAUCAUUCACUUCCCACAUAUUUACUGAAAUAAUAUUCCGUGCCUGGCACUGUGCUAGUGUCCCUUUUACCUGGAUGGUUAUUGGUCAGCUCUUGUGUGUGUGGAGGUGGAGCAGAGAUGUUAGUGACCUUCACCCUUUCCAUGACUAUAAUAGACUUGCUCUCUGCAAACUUCAGUGCAUUCCUCUUACUGUAGGAUUCUGUACAAACACCAACGGAUGGAAAUUGUAGUGUCCCUUUUGCACAUGAAUCACCCAAAUAUGUACAUGGAGCCCUCAGAAACUAGAUGAUUGCAUGAAAUGACAAGCUUCCUUUGCCCUAGAUUGGGGGGAAGAUUCUAAGCCAACCAUAGCUCUGUUCUUAAGCCACAAAGUGGUCAAAGUGCUCUUGGCUUCUUUAUUUCCACUUUCUAAAAUUCCCAGGGCCCCCCCUGCAAUUAAGGACCUUACCAGCUUCUCAUGCUUUGGCCUCAAAAUACCCGCUUUGGGAUGUUCUAAUUAAUUCCUUUUUCAGGGGCACGGGCUGUACAAGGUCGGAUGAAUCUAAAUUUGAACCCCAGCUCAACCGAUUUCUGGAAGAGUGAUCUGGGAGCAGACUGUAUUCAACCACAUUUAGCUUCAAUUUCCUCAUCUGUCAAACGGGGGUAAUGAUAGCACUGACUUGGAAAGGUCGUUGGGCACAUUUAACAAAUGUAAGAUACUGAAACACAGGGACUAUGUUUACUGCUACAUCCCUAGAGCCUAGAAAUGUGCCCACACAUAGUAGGUGCUUAGGAAAUAUGUGAAUGGCUAAGUGUGUGUAAAGCAUUAAGCAUAAUGUCUGGCACUAAGAGCUUAAUAUUAUAAAUAUAUUGUGUUAACUCACUUUACACAUAAAGAAACUGAGGCAUAGAAGCAAUCUCCCCUGGGGUCCAAAGGCCCUAAGUAGCUACUUCAUGAUCACCGCCUGAGUUCCCCUGCUCCCAGCUGCCUGGGGAGAAGUAAAAGCAAGGAUUCUUAUCAGCAUCAAAGAACUAUAUAUCCUCCUGAUAGAAAUCUGUGAAAACCCCACACUCUGCUUUAAAUUCUGUCCUUAGUUCAUUCUUCCCUGGGCUGCCUCCUUGUUGCUUCUUCUUAAUAAAAACAGAUUGUGAAAGAAA